AUGACUGUUGUCCUUGAUCAGGAAAGUAUAAAAAGUAAAGAAGCAUUUAUUAAUGAUAAUUCUUUCUCAAUUAACAAUAUUCAAGAAAAUUUAAAAUUAAGAACCAAUGAACGUAAUGAUCAGAAUUUACAAACUGAUUUGUUAGACACAUCAACAGAAAUGUCAUCAUUCAAUCCAUGUCGUAUGUAUUGUAAAUGUUCAACAUGUUUUAUACUUAGUUGUAUUACAUUCGUUAUGGGACUUAUUAUGUUAUUUACAUUUGAUCCAAUGGUGAACAAAAUAAUAGCAAACAAAAUGGCAAUUAUUGAAGGACGAGAAGGUCAUCAAUUUUGGAAAAAUCCACCAGCUGAAAUACAUCGAAAAAUGUACAUAUGGCAUUGUGCUAAUCCAAUUGAAGUACAAAACGGUGGUAUACCAGAUCUGAUUGAACGUGGACCUUAUGUUUAUCGAGAACAAUGGAAUCGAUCUAAUAUAUUUUAUAAUGAUGAUUUAAGUACACUUUCUUACAUUCCAAUAACAACACUUUAUUUUGAUCGAAAUCAAUCAGUCGGUCCUGAUGAUGUGUAUGUUACUGUUAUUAAUGUACCAUUAAUGGCUAUGGCACAUGAAAUUCAAUUUAAUUCUUCAGAAAUUCAAAAAUCUAUUAAUAUAUUUCUUCAUUUAUUUGGUACAAAAUUAUUUGUUAAUGUUACUGUUAAAGAUUUAAUGGAAGGUUAUACCGAUGCAUUAAUUGAAAUGGCUAGUUUAGUAAAACCCGGUUCAUUAAAAGACAAUAAAUUUGGAAUUUUACAACCUAGAAAUGGUUCAUAUUACCAAAAUUUUACUAUUAAUACUGGAUACAAUGAUAUUACUGAAGUCGCAAAGGUUAUUUCAUUUAAUGGCGUUCAACGCUUAAAUUAUUGGUCUACACCACAAGCAAAUAUGUUCAAUGGAACAGAUGGAUCAUUAUUUCCACCACAUUUAAAUAAAAAUAAAGAUGUUUAUUCUUAUAAUGCUGAUAUGUGUCGAUCUUAUUAUUUAUCAUUUUUACGUGAGAAAAAAGAUGGUUAUGUUACAUUAUAUGAUUAUCAUUUAUCAUCCAAUGUAUUUAAUAUGUCUCGAGAAGAAAAUCGUGGUUUUUGUGGUCAAGGUUCUUGUUUAGGUGAUGGUGUACUUAAUAUAAGUACAUGUUAUUCGGGAGUAUGGGGUUUUAUUUCUUCACCACAUUUUUUUCAAUCAGAUAUGAAAUUUCGUCAAGAUGUUCGUGGCAUGUAUCCAGAUGCGAAUAAACAUGAAUUUAUUAUGAGUUUUGAUCCGUUAACUAGUGUUCCAUUUGCAGUUAAUGUUCGAUUACAAUUAAGUUUCUAUAUGCCACGAAUACGAAAUAUAGAUUUAUUAAAAUCAGUCAGACCAAUAAUAGUACCAAUUGUAUGGUUUGAUGAUGAAGCACGUGUUACACCUGAAAUUCAUUCAAGAUUAUCGAUGUUAAUAUUAUCAUUAAAUAUUGCUUAUUAUGUUAAAUUUAUUUUACCAGCGAUUAGUAUGUUAUUGAUUUUAAUUACUUCGUUAUAUAUUUAUGUACAAUGGCAACGUAUUCAACGGGAACGAGUAAACUCGAAAGUACCUUUAUUAAAUGGAAAUAUUGAAACAUAA